AGAAUUUACCGCCGAGGAGCUCACUCGCUUUGCUAUCCCUCUUGACUUGGGUUGAAGCAGAACUGCAGAAAUCCGCGUCCGCAUCCCCGAAGCCAAGCCAAGCAUGGCCGCCUACGACCGCGCGGCCGAGCUCCGCGCGCUGGACGCGACCUUCUCCGGCGUCCGCGGCCUCGUCGCCGCCGGCGCCACGCACGUCCCGCGCAUCUUCCGCGUCCCCGACCACCACCGCGAACCGUCCUCCCAAGAACCGCCGCCGCCGUCGACGUCGGUCCCGGUGAUCGAUCUCGGCGGCGCGGACCGCGCUACUGUGGUCGCGGCCGUGCGCUGGGCCGCCGCGGAGUGGGGCUUCUUCCAGGUUACUGGCCACGGCGUGCCUCCGGAGUCCAUGGCCGCCGCGGUGGGGGCCGUGCGGGCGUUCCACGAGGCCGACGGCGGCGAGGGCAGCGAGAAGGCCAGGCUCUACUCCCGGGAGCCUGUUAAGGCGGUCAAGUACCAGUGCAACUUCGACCUGCACCAGUCGCCGGUGGCCAACUGGCGCGACACGUUCUACAUCCGAAUGGCCCCUGAUCCGCCCGACGCCGACGAGCUGCCGGAAACCUGCCGCGACACGAUGUUUGAAUACGCAAAACAAGUGAUGAAUUUGGGCAACACUUUGUUCGAGCUGCUUUCAGAAGCCCUUGGGCUUGAUCCGAGCUAUCUGACAGAUAUCGAUUGCAACCAAGGACAAAUCUUACUCUGCCACUACUUCCCUCCAUGCCCUCAGCCUGAACUUGCCAUUGGCACAAGCCGGCACUCCGACUCUACCUUUAUGACAAUACUUCUCCAAGAUGAAAUUGGCGGCCUCCAGAUCCUCCAUGAGGACUGAUGGGUCGACGUUACCCCGACACCGGGAGCAUUCAUCGUCAACAUCGGCGAUCUCCUACAGAUGAUCUCCAAUGACGCGUUCAUUAGCGUCGAGAAUAGGGUGGUGGUGAAGAACAUUGCACCGAGAGUCUCGAUCGCGUGCUUUUUCAGUUCGCAUUUCCACCCAGCCUCGACCAGGAUGUAUGGUCCGAUCAAGGAGCUGUUGUCGGACGACAACCCGCCGUUGUACAGGGAGACCCUCGUCAGAGAUUAUGUCAAACAUUACAACUCCAUCGGGUUAGAUGCAAAAAAUGCUAUGUCUGAUUUCCGAUCAUGAAUUGUGAAGGAGAGCUUGUGUCCUGGUAGCAUGAAUAAUACCCAUUUAUACGGGGUAAUGCCUAGAACAUAAAUAAUUGAGCAGUGUGUAAUGCUAAGGAAACAACUGAAAAAUGACAAUGCAAUACCAGCAUCUUGUAUACA